UCCUAAAACAGAUAGAAACCCUUAACCAGGGAAAGGAAAAGAAAUAACUUACACUUACACUCACACUUACACUCAUUUCCAUACAAGAAUCCUAAAACAGAUAGAAACCCUUAAAGAAAUAACUUAAUAUUUCUCUCAUCACUACCAAAUUUUUAGUCCUUUAGCAUUUUGAGCAACACCCAGAAUUUUAGUACAAGUAAGAAUACUUAUUAGUUUUCGUAUACGCAAUGGCAGAUGCAUCUGAAAAUUUUCAUAGUCUUCACUAUCAGAAUAUUGGUUAUCUAGAAAACAACUUAGAUUUGGAGAAUAAUGGAAACUUGAUAAAAAAUAAAGACUCAGCGGAUGAUCAUCAACAUCAUCGUCGACAAGUACUAAGAACAGCACAUAAUAUGUCAUCGUCUUCGUUAAGAAAGAAAUCUGAUCUUUCACUUCUUGAAAAUGUUAGAGUUGGAUUUGUUCGAAGAACUUUGAGGAACAUCAAUGAAGUUAUCUUUGGGACCAAAUUAUCAGUUCUCUUUCCAGCUAUUCCUUUAGCUAUCAUCGCUAAUUGCUAUCAUUUUGGAAGACCUUGGAUUUUUGCUCUGAGUUUGAUGGGGCUAACUCCACUUGCUGAACGUGUCAGUUUCCUCACUGAGCAAAUUUCCUUCUAUACGGGUCCAACAGUUGGAGGGCUUCUAAAUGCAACAUGUGGAAAUGCAACUGAACUCAUAAUAGCAAUAUUUGCUCUGAGCAAAAGAAAAAUUGAAGUAGUGAAGUACUCUCUUUUGGGUUCUAUUAUUUCAAACCUUCUUCUUGUUCUCGGUACUUCCCUUCUCUGUGGUGGUCUUGCUAACCUAAAGAAGAACCAGAAGUAUGAUAGAAAGCAAGCAGAUGUGAACUCGCAACUCCUGUUGCUUGCAUUUUUAUGCCACCUGUUGCCCUUGAUGUUCCGAUAUAGUUCUGCAGCUUCUGCUAGUCCUGAUGCAGCAGCAUUUGCUAUCCUUCAAUUAUCUAGAGCAAGUAGUAUCGUCAUGUUGAUAGGAUAUAUUGCAUAUCUUUUCUUCCAACUGAAGACACACAGAAAGUUAUUCCAAGCUGAAGAAGAAGAAGUAGUAGACGGCAGUGACGACACGAUUUUAGAAGAGGCAGUAAUUGGAUUUUGGAGUGGAUUUAUCUGGCUGGCUGGAAUGACAGUCUUGAUAGCUUUGUUAUCCGAGUAUGUUGUGGGCACGAUUGAGGCUACCUCAAGUUCAUGGGGUUUGUCUGUAAGUUUCAUCAGUAUCAUCUUACUGCCAAUAGUUGGAAAUGCUGCUGAACAUGCCGGUGCUGUCAUAUUUGCUUUUAAAAACAAAUUGGAUAUAUCUUUAGGUGUUGCUCUCGGAUCUGCAACUCAAAUUUCUAUGUUUGUGGUUCCAUUAACUGUCAUUCUUGCGUGGACAUUGGGUAUCGAAAUGGAUCUUGAUUUUAAUCUUCUUGAGACCGGCUGUCUUGGUUUUUCCAUCUUGAUCACGGCCUUCACUUUACAGGACGGAACAUCCCAUUACAUGAAAGGUUUAGUUCUCAUGCUUUGCUACAUAGUCAUUGGUGCAUGUUUUUUCGUCCUCAGAGCCCCAUUCCAACCAACAGAUGUUAUUAACUUGGGUUUAAUGAAAUUCCCAAGUGGAGAAGUUAUAGAAUCUUGAAAGGGGCAGGAAGGGACAGGCUCAGACCUUUCAUUCACUAGCUCAAGUUCACUACCGCAUGUUAUCAUAUAGUACACGCUGAAGCAGUUCAUAAUUCAAAGUUUAUCCACGGAUACUUCUGUAAUGACCAAGAGUUAAGAUCUGAAUGCAAAGAAUUCCUUUCGAAGCUAUAGAGGAAGAAAACCCCUUAGAGGUUAUUGUGUUCAUGACUCGUGUACAGAGUUCUAUAUCGUUUUGAUUUCGUAGUGUAAUGCACUUUGUGGUUUUUUCAUUUUUAUUUACUAUUGGUAUUGAGAGAUGCAUAUUGGUAUGCUCAAGACUCAUGUACAAUGUUCCCUCUGGUUUUAAUUCUCGUAAUGCCAUUUUCGGCUUGAUCCCCGGA